UAUUUUCGUUCAGGCACUUAAGAGGGAUUCUGUUUCCGGGGUCCUGACUGCGUGGAUUAGCAUCGUUAGCACCGGCUGCCUUCGCAGCAACAUUAUUUUCAUAUCUUUUUACGAAUAUUAGCAACUCUAAACAUGUCUGGCAGAGAAGGAGGCAAAAAGAAACCCCUGAAGGCUCCCAAAAAGCAGUCCAAAGAAAUGGAUGAUGAUGAGGUGGCGUAUAAGCAGAAGCAGAAAGAAGAACAGAAGGCCCUGGAGGCGCUGAAGGCCAAAGCAUCUGGAAAAGGACCUCUGGGUGGCACGGGCAUCAAGAAGUCAGGGAAGAAGUAAAGUCUGCAUCAGAAGAUUCUAGUUUGACCCCUUCCUCACCUUCUGUUUGCGCAAAUACUUGAUUUAAUGUUCAUUUGACUGACCCCCUCCCUGCCAGAACCUGCUCUGGUACUCGGCUCCCCCAGCACUCGAACGGCACCAGAAAAAACAUGACAAAUUUGAGAAGAGCGAUUCCAGAAUGGUGCUCCGUCCCUUUGCAGCUCCUUCUUUAUGACCAGUAACUUAGACAGGUUUGCAUCUGCAGAGGCGUCUCUGCAUCGCCGAGGCUUCAUGUCCAACGCCUUUAGUUUUAGUCUGUUUUUCUGUGAAGAGGGGGAAAGAAAUAAACCUUUUUGUAAUCUC